UGGUUUCAACAUAGGUUUCAAAAAUAAAGUUGUGCAUUUUUAUCAAAUCUAAUUGCUUGAAAACAGGUGUUUUAAAUAUUAAAUUAUAUUAUUGAGGUAUUGUAAUAAUAUUGUUUUUCGACAAUUAAAAUAAUAUGACGAAAAUUAAAUAUUUCAUGCUUACCGGCGAUCCAGGCGUGGGAAAGACCACAUUAACUAAAAAACUGUGUUCUCUUGUCAACGAAAUGGGUUUACAAACGAGCGGUUUCUACACCGAAGAAGUGCGACGAGCCGGCGUUCGCGAGGGGUUUGAUGUUGUGUCAUUGGACGGACGCAGAGGGUGUCUAGCCCGAGACUGUUCCCGAAAUGGCCCUGUAAAGUUCAAAGUUGGGAAAUACGGAGUGAGAGUAGAAGAAUUUGAGAAUGUUGCACUACCUUCACUGAAAGAGCCUGAAGACGAUUCCCAGCCACACUUAUUAGUCAUUGAUGAGAUAGGCACAAUGGAGUUAAUGAGUGCCUCAUUCAGAGCCAGAAUUUUUGAAAUAUUCAAACCAGGUUCAAGUUGUAUUGUUCUGGCUACUAUACCAUCAAGAAGCACCAAUCUCCUUAUUGAGUCUCUUAGGGAUAAUAGAGAUGCUAAGGUUUGGAUGGUAACUAGAGAAAACAGAAAUACAAUUCAUGAAGAUAUUUUAAAAGAAAUGAAAAUUACAUUUAAUUUUAACUUAUUUUUAUUCCCAAAAGAGAUUCAGUCUAUAAAUAAAUGAUAUAUGAGUGUG